CCUCUAUUGUUAUCAAUGUCAACUGAUGCAAAUUCCACAAGUUUAGAAAGUGACGAGACACUUCAUAGUUUAGAAUUAGGAGCAUAUGCAUUGGCAAUAUGUAUAUUGGUAGUUUUGUCAUGUCUGGAACGAGGUUUAAAAGGAAAAAGACCAGGAAUAGUUGUCCCAGUUGAUCUUCUUGGAGGUGACAAAUUGACCUAUGCAUACGCUGCAGCUUUUGGUUGCACGUCAUCUACAAUACUACGACUUAUACUCACCGAAAACACGGUAUCGAUAAACGUAUCUCCUGAACUAAGACAUUGGGUUCAGAUUCCAUUGUGGCUACUUCUUUCAACUGUCGUGUCUUUGAAAUUUUACCCUAUUUUUGCCGCUAUCAGUUAUAAAAUUGAGUCGGUUGGUAUUAUAACAGGAUUAAUAUAUUGCACAUAUCUACUCAAAAUAGAAGAAGCAUUAUUACCUAUGUACCAAUACUUAUAUGUUAUGCAACCUGUUACACAGCUUGUCAGUUAUAGUUACGAAAAGACAUAUGUGGAAUGGUUGUUCAAAAGUAACAGUGAAAAUACCUUAGUUGGAAUUGGUAAUGUUCAAGAAGCUAGUGUUGGAGCUUAUCAGUAA